CGGAAACAAUAGGACCUUCUGAUUGUUGUUGGGACUGUUUCCCUGUCUUCUCAAAGAGAGCGAGUGUUUAAGGGAGGUGACGGAUUUGCCUCGGUCCUGUCCGCGGUUGAAGGGAAGGACGGAAAAAUACGUUAUCUCAUUAGGGAGAAGCUCGUCCUUUUUUUUCUUCGCAGAACAGACCCAACCCCGAUUUAUUGCUUUGCCUUCCUCUUUCGCUAGUUGCCAGAAGGUUUAGUCCGUUCGCUCGGCGUUCCUACCAUGCUAGAUUUCAGCUGCUUUGAUCCCUAGCCUCUUUUGUGUCAGCAGCACAAAGAAAAUGUCAUGGUUACAGUCUGCAGUCAGCCAGUGCAAUGAAGAUGUAUUUGAUGAAAAUGCAGAUGAAAUGGACAUAGCCCAGAAAGAAUGGAAGAGUGCAAUGGAGAAACGAGUCAAGGAGGGCUACAGGGAAGGCAUUGAAGCUGGAAAAGUGCUGACACUUCAACAAGGCUUCAAUCAGGGUUAUAAAGAAGCAGUAAAGGUGAUGUUUGAGUAUGGCCAGCUCAAAGGAACCAUAAGUGCUCUUCUGUCUUGGUGUCAUCAAAAUAAACACAGCCCUGCAAUGCUGAGUGAGAUGACUGAUCUGUUGAAUCAAUUAAGGAAAUAUGAAGAAUACGUGCUUAAGAAUUUAAAUUGUGUAAACCCACAACCCCAUGUUGGAGACUUGCUAGAUACUCUUAAUGACAUGGAUCUUGCUCAUGAAUGCAUCCCUGUUGAACAACAUAAUGGAACCUGUGCUGAAUUUAGUACAAACUGUUGCAGAGAUAAUGGAACAGAUUCAUUUCAAGGUGAAUGCUGUGGAAGGACAGAAGGUCACAAAGCUUCUGAAAGGGCAACCCUUUCUCGGUUAAAAGAAAGAACUGCCAGUAUGAUGGAACAACUUGGUUUGUCUCCAGACAUACUUGAACAUACAUAGUUCUUGAAAAAUAAAUGUGUUACUUUAAAUUUAUUUGUAAUGCCCUUUUCUUCCAAGAAUAAAAUGUUUUUCUAUAUGUAGUUGGCAGAGUACAUACCUUCUAUGCAUCCUUUAAGGAUGAUUGAAUUAUCACUGCAAGUGUAUCAGUCAAACUGAAAAUAAGAUACAUUUUAACAUUGUUACUGACCUCAUAUUAAAAAUAAGCUGUGCGCAAUACAUACCUCAAAUAGAGUAGAUACUAACUGAUGAGAACAAGUGUGUAACAUUGAAAGUUAAUCUGAAGGGUGUCCAGGGAAACUGAAUUAUAUUUUGUGAAUUCU